GCCACUCGCCUUCCUUUCCCUCUUUCUUUUUUUUUGCCGUUCAGUUCCCUCUGAGCUCUGAGCAUUUCUCCAUUAACUCUCUGCUUCUUCUUCUUCUUCUUCACAUGGAAGCUUAGCCUUCUUCAAGUUCAUCCUUCUUAAACUUGAUAUGUACUGAGUGAUGGAGUCCUGUGAUUGCAUUGAUACCCAAUGGCCUCCUGAUGAACUUUUAGUGAAAUAUCAGUACAUAUCAGAUGUACUAAUUGCGCUUGCUUAUUUCUCCAUCCCAUUGGAGCUGAUAUAUUUUGUGCAGAAGUCAGCAUUCUUUCCUUAUAGAUGGGUGCUUAUGCAAUUUGGUGCUUUUAUUGUUCUGUGUGGGGCAACACAUUUCAUAAACCUUUGGACAUUCUCCAUGCACUCGAAGGCUGUUGCUGUGGUGAUGACUCUUGCAAAAGUUGCCUGUGCUAUUGUUUCAUGCGCAACUGCGUUAAUGCUUGUUCAUAUUAUUCCUGAUCUUUUGAGUGUCAAAACUCGAGAGUUGAUUCUUAAGAACAAGGCUGAAGAACUUGACAGGGAGAUGGGUCUUAUUCUCACUCAGGAAGAAACUGGAAGGCAUGUUAGAAUGUUAACUCAUGAAAUAAGAAGCACGCUCGACCGGGAUACCAUAUUAAAAACGACACUCGUUGAGUUGGGGAAGACGUUAGGACUUGAGGAAUGUGCUCUAUGGAUGCCAUCACGGAAUGGACUUAGUUUACAACUUUCACAUGCUUUGAACUACCAGAUACCAGUGGGAGCUAAUAUUCCUAUAAAUCUUCCUGUUGUCAAUGAUGUUUUCAAUAGUAAUCGAGCCAUACGUGUUCCGUACACUUGUCAAUUGGCUAAGAUGAGACCUCCUGCUGGAGGAAGAUAUUUGGCACCAGAAGUUGUUGCUGUGCGAGUUCCUCUCUUGAAUCUUUCAAAUUUCCAAAUGAACAAUUGGCCUGAUGGCUCUUCCAGAAGCUAUGCAAUUAUGGUUCUAAUCCUUCCUACUGAUAGCGUUAGGAAAUGGCGGGAUCAUGAGUUGGAGCUUGUCGAUGUAGUCGCAGACCAGGUAGCUGUUGCUCUUUCUCAUGCUGCACUUCUUGAAGAGUCUAUGCUUGCGCGUGAUCAGCUCGUGGACCAAAAUGUGGCUUUGGAUUUAGCUCGAAGAGAGGCGGAGACAGCGAUUCACGCUCGUAACGACUUUCUGGCUGUCAUGAAUCAUGAAAUGAGGACGCCAAUGCACGCAAUAAUUGCUCUAUCAUCCCUGCUCUUAGAGACCGAGCUGACUCCAGAGCAAAGAGCGAUGAUAGAGACAAUACUCAAGAGUAGCAAUCUUCUAGCCACUCUGAUUAAUGAUGUCUUGGAUCUUUCUAGACUUGAAGAUGGCAGCUUGGUAUUGGACUUGGGAUCAUUCAAUCUCCAUGCAGUUUUCAAAGAGGCUAUGGAUCUGAUAAAGCCCAUCGCUUCGGUUAAGAAGCUGUCCAUGGCGUUGAUUCUGGCAUCAGAUCUUCCCAUCUGUGCCGUUGGCGACGAGAAGCGGCUUAUGCAAAUCAUCUUGAACGUCGUUGGAAAUGGUGUGAAGUUUACUAAGGAAGGUCAUGUUUCUAUCAUAGCAUCUGUUGCAAAACUGGACUCUCUAAGAGAUUGGCGCCCUCCUGAAUUCUAUCCCAUGCAAUCCGAUGGCCACUUUUACCUGCGAGUUCAGGUUAAAGAUUCAGGAUGUGGUGUUCUUCCCCAAGACAUUCCUCAUCUGUUUACCAAAUUCACUCAGUCACAAACACGAUCUAACCGAGCAAAUAGUAGUGCGGGACUCGGGUUAGCCCUUUGUAAACGGUUUGUAAAUCUCAUGGGAGGUCACAUUUGGAUGGAGAGCGAAGGCCCUGAAAAAGGGACAACGGCUGUGUUCAUUGUGAAACUUGGGAUCUGCAAUGCUAACCCAAAUGACUUAUCAGUCAAGCAAGUUACACCCGUUGUAAACCACAGAAGUGCAGAUCUCCAUGGACACAGACCAAUCUUCAGAGAAACUGAUCAAGUUGCCUUCUCCGGUUCGCGGUACCAAAGAAGUCUUUAAACUCGAUCCGUUCGGAGUUCCUAAUCUCUUUCAGGAUUUUUCGCAGGGAUACGUUGAAGCUGAAAGAAAUACAUCUCGAUCGUCGCUGCGCCUUUGCUUCUCGAGCAAUGUUACCAGUUAUUAAUCAGAGAAAACACAAGGAUGCCAAAUGGGCAGCCAUCAUAUAGUGUAAGAUAUCUAUCCCGUAACUCUUGAUGAUCAAAGAUGAACAUUUUGUGGUGUUUUGGAUUUUAGUAUACAAAUUUUAGUUCCUUAAAUAA